AUGGGAGGUCCCAAUCAAAAUAACGCAAACUUUAUCCCCGGAGGCGGCCCAGGCGGCGGCGUCCCCCCAGGCGGCUUCGUCCCCCCAGGCGGCGGCGUCCCCCCAGGCGGCUUCGUCCCACCAGGCGGCUACGUGCCACCGGGCCGCUACGUGCCACCAGGAGGCUUCGUCCCACCAGGAGGCUUCGGCCCUGGCCCUCAGCCUGUUAUUGUUAUCAUUGGUGAUCCUAAUGCUAAUCCCGGCGGCAUUCCUAAUCAUACACCUGGUCCAAGUACCUACACAAAACCUGGAGGAGGAAUGCAAACAAGUUGUCCUGCCUGUGAAAUCAUUUGGGCUCGCAAUAAUUCCAUGGCUAAUUACCAAACACUGUUACGAGGAGGCCAUGUUUACUCCUAA